GAAGGAGGUGAGGCAAACGCUGUGGGAGGAAACACGGAUAUCUGCGCAGUCUUGAGAUGUUCUACUUACCCUACACGCAGAGAGAGACCGCGUGAUAAAUGCAGCAGGACUGAUCUCUUACGAUCCCUGAGGACUGAUCUCUUACGAUCCCUGAGGACUGAAAAACGAGUGACCUCUGUGGACACCCAGCGGACCCCUCUGAAGGAGUGCUGACCUAACCCCAACCCCUAGUCUGGGACCUCCUGACCUAUGGUGUGCGCUCGCUCAGUCGCCAUGGGCAACGGAUCAAUGAGAAGCCUGCGUGCGGAGGGGAAUGGCGUGGGCUCGUCGGGAGCGGAGGUCAAGGCGCUGGGGGUCAAGGUGACCCCUGGCGGGGUCGGCAGCGGAGGCGAGGAGGGGCCAGAGUGGGAGGCGGAGCUUCUUCGGGGGCGCGUGGCGCGUCUGGAGGAGGAGCUAGCCCAGCGUGAGCGAGAGCUGCGGGCCCAGGAGGUCCAGCUGCAGGCCCUCCGCCGCGAGCUGGACGCCAAGCACUCCCAGAUCGACAAGCUCCAGGACGCCAUCGGCUACCACCAGCAUGGCCACGCCCUCGCGCCCUGGCCGCACUCGCCGCCCCUCGGCCCGGUCCACGUGGGGUCAGCGGGGUCAGCGUCGCGCCUGCUGAGCGUCAUCAACCAGGGCCCCGCCCGCUUCCAGCGCGUCGCCGUGGAGGUGCACCGUCGCCUGCGCGCCAAGGAGGGCGUGUCCGCCGAACCCACGUCGGGCCAGUUUGGCCCCUCCCACCACCAGAGCAGAGCGCAUCACCUGUCUGGGGAGAAAGCACGAGUGCGCAAGGACUCCAGUACGCGGCGUCUGAUAACGGAGGCUCUGCUGCACAAUGACUUCCUGAAGGCUCUGGAGCAGCAGCACCUGCGUGAGGUGGUGGACUGCAUGUACGAGCGCGUCUACGGCCAGCAGCAGCUGCUCAUCCAGGAGGGACAGCCUGGACACUACCUCUACGUACUGUCAGAGGGCCUUUUGGAAGUUAGUCAGAAUGGGAAGCUCUUGGGUCAGAUGCGGCCAGGAACAGCCUUCGGGGAGUUGGCCAUCCUCUACAACUGCAAGAGGACUGCCACUGUUAAAGCGGUGGCUGAGUCGCACAUCUGGGCUCUGGACAGACAAAUGUUCCAGAAAAUUAUGAUGAGAUCGACUCAGGCCCGAAAUGAAGAGUACUUCAGUUUCUUACGCAGUGUGUCUCUCCUGAAAGACCUGCCUGAGGAGAAGCUGGCCAGAAUAGUUGACUGUCUGGAGGUGGAUUACUUUGAUGAAGGAGACUAUAUUAUUCGUGAGGGAGAGGAAGGGAGCACAUUCUUUAUUAUUGCUCAAGGAGGGGUGUGUGUGACUCAGACUAUGGAAGGGUGUCCUGAUCCACAGCAGAUUAAGACUCUUGGGGUCGGGGAUUACUUUGGGGAGAAAGCGCUUAUCAGUGAAGAUGUCCGAUCAGCUAACAUCAUCGCCACAGAGAACAACACACAAUGCCUCGUCUUGGAUAGAGAUAACUUCAACCAGAUGGUGGGCACCUAUGAGGAGCUGCAGGCCUACCUGAGGGAGUAUGUGGAGCAGCUCGCACGCAGUGACCAGAGGAGGAAUGCCAUGCCCCAGUCUCCCCUGCAGUGUGAGUCGAGUGUGGAGGCGUUGGAGCUGCGUCGUCUGAGGGACAAGCUCUCGCUCCUGCCCUCCCCCUCCUGCCCCUUCCAGCACCUGCAGCUCAUCGCCACACUGGGCAUGGGCGGCUUUGGACGCGUCGAGCUGGUGAAGCUGAAGGAUGAGGAUACAGGCUUUGCCCUGAAGUGCAUCAAGAAGAAGCACAUCGUGGACACCAGACAGCAAGAGCACAUCUACUCUGAGAAGAACCUCCUGCAGCAGAUACACUCCAAAUUCAUCGUCAAGGGUUCUAUGGACCAGCUGAGGGACAUGAGCUGCUUUGAGGAGGCCACUGCUCGGUUCUGCAUUGGAUGUGUGCUGGAAGCCUUCGACUACCUGCAUGGGAAAGGCAUCGUGUACCGCGACCUCAAGCCUGAGAACCUGCUACUAGAUGCAGAGGGAUAUGUCAAAAUGGCAGACUUUGGUUUUGCGAAGCGCAUCGGCCUGGGAAAGAAGACCUGGACGUUCUGUGGAACGCCGGAGUACGUGGCACCCGAGGUCAUCCUGAACAAGGGCCACGACUUCGGGGCCGACUGCUGGUCCCUUGGCAUCCUCAUCUUUGAGCUGCUCACUGGCAGCCCCCCGUUUACGGGGUCGGACCCCAUAAAAAUCUACACCAUGGUCCUACACGGUAUCGAGAAGGUGGACAUGCCCAAGCGCAUCAGCAAACGGCCAGAGGACCUCAUCAGAAGGCUGUGCAAGCUUAACCCUGCAGAGAGACUCGGCAAUAAGAAGAAUGGUAUCAUAGACAUCAAGAAGCACAAGUGGUUCCAAGGCUUCAACUGGGAGGGUUUGCGGCGAGGCAAGCUGGCAUCUCCACUGAGGAGAGAGCUGAAAGGCCCUCUGGACCACAGCCACUUCGACAUGUUCCCACCGGAGCUGGAGCAGCCUCCAGAUGAGCUGUCGGGCUGGGACAAGGACUUCUGAGGAGGAGGAGAGGAGGACAGAAGAGCUUAGGACAAGGACUUCUGAGGAGGAGAGAAGAGCUUAG